AUGUCAGAGCAGCCACCUACCUCCUUUGGGGGUCAUCCAAACUAUACCCAGCAAUGGCCUCCGGCACAUCCCGCCAUGUUCCCGCCAAAUUUUCCAAUUCCGCCUGAAUUUUCUGCCAUGAAUCCCCAGUCUAACCAUCCUACAUCAUUUGAUUACAACUUGGCCAGCGUGGACGCGAAUUCGCGAAUCCCAGGUGCUGGUGAUGGUCUGAAUUCAGCAGGCUAUUUUCCACAUCAGCUCCCUUUUUUCAAUCCAUUUGAUCCUUCGCGUUUCCCACCCAAUUUCCCUCCUAUGCAAUUCCCGCCGACGGGGUAUCCCCCGAUCCCAAUGCCAACAGGGUCCUCCAACGCGCCACUGCCGCAGCAAACAUCGUCUCAACAGACCUCCCAGGCUACAUUCAUCAAACCCCCACAAUCAAAAAAGAUCACCAUCCGUGCACCGCCCAGUCGUGAGGAAGGCGAAGUCAGCGAGUCUGUGGAUGAACGAUCACUGGAGUCUAAGCGCAAGGCUUCACGGCAGUACUCUGAUCUGGAAGAAGGGGAAACAAUAUCUUCUAGUGGACGCUCCUCCAGAAGGAGUAGCGGAUCACCAUACAAUCCUCCUUUGUCUGUCUCGGCAGAUCCUGGCAUCAUUGGACACGCGAUGGAGCCCAACAACUUUAUUUCAGAUGCGAUUCCCCCAGAUCCAAAGCCCGUCAAAUCAGCAGCACAGCUACGCAUCCAAGCUCAGGGUGCUUUGCUCAGCUUGGCACCCCAUAACAUUCGGUACAAGGAGCUGGUGGCAGAGGGAAUUAGCCCUGUCGUCUUGAAACGACUGUAUGAAGAUGUGGGUAUCAAAGUCACACUCGACUCUGAUCCUACACUUUCAACGCAUGAGAAACCUUCUGGCACCACACAAUCAUCGAGUGUGACACCAUCGGGCAAGGAGAAACGCGGUCUCGUCAAGCCAAACAUACCAGCCCCCCGAACUGCCAUGCCUGCUACGCCUGCAUUGAAAGCUGGCAAACCUAUGGAGCGGAAAGAGCUCAUUGCCCAGAUGCUCGCUGAGAAGGCUGCUAAGACUGCUUCCAAGGAGCCCUCGCCGACUGGGAGCACGAUCUCUGCGCCUGCUGUCUCAGAGGAAAGCCGUCCGCCGCUCAAAGAGAAGAGCAAAGCUCAGACAGACCUUGCUAGGCAACGGAUAGAAGAACUCAAACAGAAAGCUCUACUCAAGACCCAACAAAAGCUGCAGGAGAGUCUAGCGCCCGUGUCUCAAGAAUCUCCAACGCAAGCCAUCCAUCAUCCCCUCCCUGUUCGACCUCCCAUUCCGGAAUCCCAGACCCCUGCCGCGCUUCCAGGGCUUCUAAUGGCUGGUUCGGAAGGCCCGCAGGAUGUCGCAUCUGACCACACUCCCGUGUCCCACUCCACUCAUCGCAAGCGUCCCUUAGCGUCUGAUUUCGAUGAGCCAUCUACACAUUCAAAGAAGCAUUUUGAUCCAACGGCAAAUCGCUUCAGGCCUGCCGAGAAACUUAUUAUUGCAAUCAGCGAUGAUGAGUCCCUAUAUGGCGAUGACGAGGACGAUCAAAUGGAACUGGACUCGAGCUCGGAGCAAGAGCCGGCUACAAUAAUCAGUUCAGCCAUUUCGAAGGUCCCAUCCCAGACCAAUAUUCCAGGCAACAGGACUUCGACCUCCACCCCACAGACCACUAUUGGUACCAACGAUCAAGGUCAAAUCCAAUCGAAGGAUUUGCAAAUUCAGGAAAUGCGUCGCAAGAUCGCGGAGCUGGAGCUUCGUCGAAAAUCCAAACUGGCCGCUAGCCGCACACAAUCACCACGCAAUUUUGACGAAUCCAGCGCACCAUCAAUUGCGCUAUCCAGUGCAGCGGAUGCAGAGGCUUCUGAUGCCGGGGUGCCCAUGGCUUCACGCGAUGACCCUGCCCCGGAGCGUCAGCAUCCCGUGCCAGAGGCUCUGUCGACUAAUACUAAUGCAGGACCUGCUCGGGAGACUGCCCCUCUCUCGCCUUCUCCCGAUUCUGAUUCGGACGGCUCGGCCAUGCAAGAGUCUGAUGAUAGUAGCAGCGAGAGCUCUGAUUCUAGCGAAGACGAGGAUGAACCUUCCCGCUCUCCCGAGCAGAUCGAUGCUCAGGUGUCAUCGGAGCCUAUGGACAUCGACCCUCCUCUGCAAUCGCAAACUGAGAAAUCUGAAAAGUCUGAUGACUCUUCUCAAAACGACCCAUCUCAACGCGAAUCUUCCGUUGAGUCCGAGGCAUAUGAGCCACCGGAGCCUGACACUGAAGCUCGGUCCGAAGGCUCCAGCUACAGCCCUCCUCCUUUCAGCCCAGCUCCCGACCCCGUAGACAUCACCACGGCUGUGACGCCUUCAUUUGACGCCACUCAACCCACUGCAGAACUAACAAAAGCCCCUCAUGUGUCAGGUGCAUCACAAAUGGAUCUGCAGGUUGGCACUCUUGGCACCGAAAAACCUCCUCCAAACUCCGUUCGUGAGAACUCGACACACAAGUUUACGCCCUACACUAGUCCACUUCGAUCUUUCAAGGCCUACCGAUAUCACCCCAAUUACGCUGAAGACGUCCCGAGCGGCUACCGCUCAUUAACUUACAGUCAUAACAUCGACUCGAUGAAAUCUUUAUGCCCAUACGAAGUUGCUGGGGGUGUCUGCAACGAUCGAUCUUGCGGGUCCCAGCACCUUCGUGAUAUCUCUCUAAGCGAUGAUAAGAUCCUCAUCCAAAUGGGUUCCGCCCGAGAGGGCCAAACUGAAGAAGAAAAGGAAACGUAUCUUGCUGGUCUGAAAGAGAUCAUCAACGAUCUUCGGCGUGACAAGGUGAAAGAUUUCAACACUGUGGCCACAGAGAUAGCCGCAUACCGUAGGCGCUUCCUCCAAGACCCGUCGCGUGUCUUGUCCCUGUAA